GAUAUAUCAUGUGGAUUGCCAAUGUAUGAAACGUCUAAAGUAUUUCUAAACAUAGUCAGUUGUGUGUUAAUUGCCGCUCUGAUCAGGCGUUCUUUACAAACCAAAAUAUCAUACUGUUUUUUUAUUACACAUAAAGAAAUUAUGAGCGUGAUACAAGUUGGACCUCAAUCUAUGCUAUUAAUAUGCCCCGCUUGCCACGCCAGCAUCAAGAGCAGGGUUGAACACAGCUCCACUACAAGAACACAUGUCAUGGCAGCGUUGUUGUGUUUGUUUCUAUGCUGGCCCUGUGUAUGUGUACCGUACUGCGUAGAUUCCUGUCAGAAUGCUGAUCAUUACUGUCCCAGUUGUAACGCGUAUCUCGGAACAUAUAAGAGAUAAUACGUUAAAUAUCUAUAAACUAUAAAGUUGCUUGGAGGAAAACGUUAAAUUCACCGCGAACUUCUAUUUAAAUUAGUUAUGUUAUAAAAAAUAUGUUUGAGGAAUAUCGGGUUUCAAAGCUUUUAAAUAUGACCUCUACUUCUUGCAUAGCGAUUGAUAAACUGUUGGUCAUAGGUUUUUGAAUGUGGCGAAUAACAUAAAUGUAAUGAUAUAUCCAUUUAAAUAGCGGAGUAUUAUGAACAGGAAUUAUUUAUAUUCAUCCAUAUGUUAUAUUUGUAUUGAAUGAUAGAGAUAUGAUAAAUAGGUUAAUUUAUAUUUUUAUACAAUGCAUUUUAGUAAAACAGUGUGCACGUUUUUAAAUAAAACAGUGAGGAAAUGCUUUAGUUUUUAGUUACGCCGCAAAAUAAUUUGGAGGAUUUGUUUAUUUCUGUUUCAA